AUGGAUGGGUUGCAACAAGGCUUCCACCAGUCGCUCCGUCAACAUCAAGAAUCCGUGCUGCAAAAGCGGUUGCGACGGGAAGACCAGGCCAAAGAGACAGAAAUUUUGGCCACUCUAGCAGGUUCCAAGCCACCUAACAUUGAAGGUUACAUUCUGCCAAGGCUAGAGAUGCGCUUUGAAACUUUCGAAGAAGCAAAGAACUUCUACAACGUCUAUGCAAAGCACGCGGGUUUUGCUGUCAGGGAAGGCCCCAAGUUUAAGACCAGAGCCUACCUUUAUUGCACGUGCUAUGGAGUCUAUGAAUCGAAGGUGUCAGAAGCAAAUAGACAGCAGAACAAGACGACAGCCAGGACUAACUGCGGGGCUAAAAUGAGGCUGAAGAGGGAAAAGGAUGGAACAUUUGUCUUCAAAGGCAUUGAACACGUGCAAAUCAUGAGCAUACUGGGCGGUGAUGACCCUGGUAGCUACUUCCUCGAAAUGAAUGCCAAAGACCAUAUUAACCUGAAAGCAAAGAAUUCAAGGAUGGAUGAUGUGGACGAUGUCCUAAAGACUGUAAACUUCUUUAGGGAGAUGAAAGCUAUAAACAAGGAAUUCUUCUGUGACAUGCAACUCGAUGAGUCCGACAGAGUUAAGAACAUAUUCUGGGCGAAUGCAAGCUGCCAAGGGGCCUAUCAGGACUUUAGUGACUGCGUAACGUUUGACACCACAUAUAAGACCAACAAGUACCAUAUGCCACUUGGGGUGUUUGUCGGUACUAACAAGCAUUUACAGACUACAUUCUUUGGUUUCGCCCUGAUAAGAGAUGAGGAUGCAGAUUCAUUCAGAUGGCUGUUCAAGACAUUUUUAAGGUGCAUGAGAGGGAAGACUCCUACAUGCAUCCUCACAGACCAGUGCCCGGCAAUGGCUUUAGCGAUCCCAGAUGCUUUCGGGAACACGGUACACAAGCUGUGCAACUGGCACAUUAUGAAGAAGUACAGGGAACAACUCGCAUACCUGUACUACCUCCAUGAAGACUUUAAGGAUGAAUUCACAUCAAUCCUCAACUGGCCCCUCAUGCCAACUGAGUUUGAGGCUGCCUGGAAAAGACUCAUGGAUAAGUACAACCUCCAUGAUGAUGCCACGAUGGUGGCCAUGUGGAACGAGCGUGAGAGAUGGAUAUCAGCCUACUUCAAAGAAAUUUUCUGCGCCAAAAUGACAUCCACACAACGAAGUGAGAGCAUGAACUAUGUGCUCAAGAAGAACUUCGUAAGUGAGAGACAAAACCUACACCGGUUUGUCAGCCAGAAGGAACAAAACACGCUGACCUUCUAUGGGUUUGACACCCAGAUGGCAAAGCUUUACUCACGAGUUGUGUACAGCAAGAUCAGAAAUAGGCUAAAACUUAGCACACUCUUCAUGGUGACACAGACGGAAGAGCCCACAAAGUACCUCGUGCGCUACAACAACCCGCAAAAACUGUCUACAAUUAAGGCUGCCAGUGUUCCAGAGAAAUACAUCCUCAGGAGAUACACCAAACGCCCGAACAUCCAGCCAACAUUCAACAGAAAUGACUUGCGGAUAGUAGCGUCAAACAAGGCAUCCCAAUACUGCAUUGAAAGCUCAGUGCUGACGCUGAACAUGAGGGUGCACAGAAAAACCUUGAGAAGCCAAGAGCAUAUGGCGAGGUCACGGGUCGUCAUGGACAAACUUGAACAACAACUCGACGCCAUGCAUUCUGCUGAAAAUGGAGGUGUCGCAGACAAUGAAGCCAUUGAGCAGGAUAUUGCUACAAUGUUAUCUGAGAUGAACCAUCUGGGAGCUAUUGACCCGUUCGUCAACGAGGAAGAUGAGAAACAGCAACCAGAGCUUGCCCAUAUUGGAGCCUCCCAAGUUUCUACCAAUAGAGACAACACACGUAACAUCUACACUUGCCGCAAGUGUGGGGGAACUGACGGACAUAAUGCCCGCACGUGCAAAGUGGGCAAGGAGGUAAGUGGCGCUGAACAGAAACAGGGCAAGGUACAGAGUUACAAAAAAUCAAAUGAAGACGAUGAAGAAGACGAGUUUGACGAGAAUGACGACCAAUCAGACGAAGACAAUGAAGAUGACAGUGUCGGGGACGAGGAAACUGAAACUGACGAUGAAGCUGCCAAGGCUCAACCAGAAAAGGGCGCCGGCAAGGCACAACAUUCGGGGCCAGUUAGGAGAAGCUCAAGACUGAACAAUCCAUAG